GCUUAGUGCGUGUUUCUGCGAUUGACAUUGGAAGGCUUGUCAUGCAUGUAAACGGUCUUUGAUUGUGUUACUGAGUUUACAGUGAGCAUUUAUCAAACUGCUUUUCUGUCGUGGCACUGCAAUCUCAGUCUUGUUUGUAGCUAAUGUUGUUAAUACCGAUAUACUGUCAGUCUACAGCGAGUUAGCAAUUUGCCUAUCUUGUUAGAUAGCUUAGCUAGCUAGAAGCAUAAUACGCACUAAGGUCAUCAGACCAUGGCCGGACGCUGCAGGUCUUUUUUGAUAUCCUCAAUAUUUAGAGGUUUUGCGGCGAGAUAUGCUACCUCGAGUAAAAUCUUAAAUUGUAAUAGAUCAGCUGUGUGUGGAGCCGGACAUGCAUGUGGACGUUCACAACACCACCACUACUGGACAUCCACACGUGAGCAGGGUCAACCGGUUUUCUUUUCAACGAAGUUUUUUCAACAAGGACUGUCCACUGAGGCAGGAGUUCCUUUCAAAGAAGACGAGUAUCCACCUUUACCUGACUACAAGUCUUCUCAAGAGUCCAGGAGUAAGGAAGUUUUCAUCGUCCGUGUAAGAGGAAUUCCUUGGUCGAGUACACCCGAAGAUCUCUUGAAUUUUUUCUCAGAGUGUAGAAUUCGUGAUGGAGUGAAUGGAAUUCAUCUAACGCUUACCAGAAGUGGGAAGCCAAAUGGACAAGCCUUUAUAGAGCUGGAGCACGAAGAGGACGUCCACAAAGCUUUGGAGAAACACAGACAGUACCUGGGACCCCGCUACGUUGAAGUGUACGAAGUGACAAACAGCGAAGCCGAGGAGAUCCUGAGGACGUCGUCCUUGCACCCGGCCCAGGACGGAGUCGUCAGGAUCCGCGGCCUUCCGUACAGCUGCACCGAGGAGGACGUCGUUCAGUUCUUCUCAGGGCUGGAGAUCGUUGCGGACGGUGUGAAGAUGGUCAGAGAUCGCUGGGGAAGAAACACGGGGAUCGCCUACGUGGAGUUCGCGUCUCAGGAAAUGGCGGAUCAGGCUUUAGAGUGGGACAGAGGUGUCAUAGGCAACAGGUACAUCGAGGUGUUCCCCAGCAGGAAAAGUGAUAUCCUAUCCCAGCAUAGCAGAAGGAGGACGGAGUAUGCCUCACCAUACGACAGCAGGCCCCUUCCUGAAGCAAGCAAGAGUGAACCUGCUGCACAGCCACAUCCAGAGCCUGAAACCAGUACUUGCACUGCUGCUCCAGUUGCUGCAUCGAGACCUGCCUCCGGUGCACCCGAGUACUGCGUACACGUGAGAGGGCUGCCUUUCCAAGCAAGUGGGCACGACAUUGUAAACUUCUUCGCUCCACUGAGGCUGGACAGGAUUCUCGUUGAGUAUGGUCCAGACGGGAGAGCUACUGGAGAGGCCGACGUGUACUUUACCUGCCACGAAGACGCGGUGGCUGCCAUGUCCAGAGACAAGGCCAACAUGCACGAGCGAUAUAUUGAGUUGUUCCUGAAUUCCGCAUCACCAGUAAGUUGAGGUGAAGAUAUGAGCAAGAAAUGUCCCUGUCCAACUCCAAAUAUCUAUCUGUCUCCAAAUAAUUUAUUGAUUUUCAGAAUAAGUGUGCAUCUGGAUCAUAGAAUGUCUGCUCCCAGAAUAAACGCAUUCCUGUAAGGUGACAUUGUUGUAUGAAUACCAUUCUCACACCCUGCACAGUACUAAUGACAUACUGUUUUUGUCAAGGUUGAGGGUAUAGAAUGGAAAAGAGCACUAUGGUAUGUAUAAAAGAGCACAGUAGUAUGUAUAGCACCCUAAUAAACUUCAUGUUAAACAUUUGGCCUAAACCGGGCAUUUUGGGAAGUCUCUCACGAAUCCAUUUCAUCUCAUUCACAGCUGCUUCUCAGCUGUUGUUCAAGCUAGCAGUUUUAUCUUGUAUUCAUUCAGAACAAGUGUGUGAGACAAUCAGAAAAUAAAAGCAAAACUUGCUGUGCAAAACAUUCUUUCCCCCAUUGACAAAGUUAUGUGCUGUAUGUGUUUUUUUUAGGACAUAAGGACAUAAAUGCAGUUUGGCAGCAACAGAUUUUCACUUCCACCUUUUAUUAACACCUUAUGUUUAAAAGGACACAUAUAAGAUAAAUUACUACUUGUAGUACUGAGCUGAAUGCUUUCAGCAACUUUUCUUAUAUGUAGAUGGUGAAUAUUUAGCAACUGAUUUCAGCAUCCAGCUUGAUGUUAUCUUGGAAGAAGACCCAUCUGUGAAGUUAUGUCCAAAGCAUAGUUGCUGGUAAUGAUGUAAUUAACAAAGCAGACAAACCUAUUUUUAAAAGAAUGACUAAAGGACAUUUAUCUUACCAACUAAACAAUUAUCUCUUAAUAAAGACUUAUCUGGUGGUUCUACAGCUUUUCUGUCACAAAUGCCAAAACUUAAGAGUUGUUCCUGAUAAGGUCUCCAGAGUACAUUGCUUUGGCAGGCCAUUCCUCAACAAUAUUAGAGGAAUACAUCUUAUUGUCACCACAUACUCUUCGCACGUCUUCAUCCUGGACCUUGUACUAGGUGGCUUGGAUAAUUGAACUCGCCAUUGUCACAUCAAAGUCAAAUCGAAUGUGUUAAGUUGCCGCUGUUAUUGCGCUGAUGUA